AGUGAGUGGGGUUAGGGGAGAAGUCCCCUUCUCUUACCUCUGACAUUCCACCUUCUCUCUAUCCAUUUUCCCCAUUUUACCCCUCCUCCUUUCUUCCUACAUCCUCUCCCUCUGUCUUCUUCUGCUUUUAUCCUAUAAAAUUUACAGUUUUUUUCUUCUGUUUUCCCAACUUCUUCUCCUUCUCUCUCCUCACCCCACUAUAUAAUUGUCUCCUCUCUCUCCCCACUUUUUCUUCCAACUACUCUGUAUUCUUCUUUGAAACUCUACAUUUACCACUCACAUUUCCCUCCAAUGCUCAAAUUUUAACUAAGAUUGUACAGAUUUAUAAUUGAAGUGAUUUUCCAGUUAUAUUUGUACAUUUAAGAUUGUAAAGAUGCCUGGAGUUGUUGUGGAGGGAAUAAAUGAAGAUGGGUUAGAAGUAAAUGUGACACCCAAUAAGGAAACUUCUGUUCAGAAUAUGAGGUCUCCAAAGAGUACAUUGAGUCCACAAAGUCCUAGGAGUGUUGAAGAGGAAGAAGGUGAUUUGGAUGGGGCUGUUGACACCUCAAUUGAGCAACUCUAUGAUAAUGUAUGUGAUAUGCAGAGUUCAGAUCAGUCGCCUUCGAGGCGGAGUUUUAUGACUGAGGAUGAUAACGAGUCUCGAAUUGAUUCUGAGUUGAGGCAUCUUGUCGGUGGAGGAAUGAGGGAAGUGGAGAUCAUGGAAGAGGAAGUUGCAGAGGAGGAAAUUCAUGGUGAGUCGGAUAAAGGAGAAGAUGAUUCUGGUGGUGAGAUUUCGGGUUUGGUGGAAAAGACUCGAUCUUCGAGUACAAAGUCUGCAUCUUCAGGAUCAAGGAAUUCCAAGAAGGCUUCUAGUUUGCAGGUGGAACCUGAUGAAUGCACAAAAUCAAGUUCUGAGAAGAAGAUUGAGAAACAGAAUGGUAAAACGGUGAAGAAAAAGUCGAUUGCUCCUAAAAAACAGAGGAAUUUCCCACUUGCAGGAUCCGAUUCUGCCUUGGAUAACCCAGAUCUUGGACCCUUUUUACUAAAGCAAGCUAGGGAUUUGAUUUCCUCAGGGGAUAAUCUCCAUAAGGCUCUUGAUUUCGCAACUCGAGCCUCAAAAUCAUUUGAAAUAUGUGCUGAUGGGAAACCCAGUUUAGAACUGGUCAUGUCUUUACAUGUUGUAGCAGCAGUAAACUGUAGCCUUGGACAGUACAAUGAGGCAAUUCCAGUUCUUCAGCGUUCCAUUGAGUUACCCUCUAUUGAGGAUGGCGAAAAUCAUGCACUUGCUAAAUUUGCAGGGAAUAUGCAACUUGGUGAUACUUAUGCAAUGCUUGGACAACUCGAGAACUCAAUAUCAUGCUAUACAAACGGUCUAGAAAUACAGAAACAAGUGUUAGGUCAAAACGAUCCUCGAGUUGGUGAAACAUGUAGGUAUUUGGCUGAAGCCCAUGUUCAAGCAAUGGAAUUUGAUGAGGCUGAUAAGCUUUGUCAAAUGGCACUUGAUAUUCAUAGAGAGUGCGGUUCACCAGCUUCCCUUGAAGAAGCAGCAGAUAGGAGGCUAAUGGGUCUGAUCUGUGAAACAAAGGGUGAUCAUGAAAAAGCUUUGGAGCACUUAGUGUUAGCUAGUAUGGCAAUGGUAGCUAAUGGUCAAGAAAAAGAGGUGGCCUCUGUUGAUUGCAGCAUUGGAGAUACAUACUUGUCUCUUUCUCGAUAUGAUGAAGCCAUUUUUGCCUAUGAGAAAGCCUUAACAAGUUUCAAGGCAACUAAAGGAGAGAAUCAUCCAGCUAUUGCUUCAGUAUUUGUUCGACUUGCAGAUUUGUAUAAUAAGACCGGUAAACUUAGAGAAUCCAAGUCAUACUGUGAAAACGCUCUUCGUAUCUAUAGCAAGCCUAUACCCGGAAUCCCUCAAGAGGAAAUUGCAAGUGGGUUCACCGACGUUUCUGCCAUUUAUGAAUCCAUGAAUGAUCUUGAUCAGGCAAUUAAGCUGCUACAAAAGGCUCUAAAAAUUUACGGUGAUGCCCCUGGACAACAAAACACGGUUGCAGGAAUUGAAGCACAGAUGGGAGUCAUGUACUACAUGCUUGGGAAAUAUUCAGAAUCUUACAAUUCUUUCAAGAGCGCUGUUACUAAACUCCGUGCCAGUGGAGAGAAGAAGUCUGCCUUCUUUGGAAUAGCUCUUAAUCAAAUGGGGCUCACUUGUGUUCAACGUUAUGCUAUCAACGAGGCAGCAGAAUUAUUCGAAGAAGCCCGGAGUGUUCUGGAGCAAGAAUGUGGUCCAUAUCACCCUGAUACUCUUGGUGUAUAUAGUAAUCUUGCUGGAACUUAUGAUGCAAUUGGCAGGUUGGAUGAGGCCAUAGAAAUAUUAGAAUAUGUGGUUGGAAUGAGAGAGGAGAAGUUGGGAACAGCAAAUCCUGAUGUGGAUGACGAAAAAAGAAGGUUGGCCGAGCUGCUAAAAGAAGCUGGCAAAGUUCGCAACAGAAAAGCUAGAUCUCUGGAAACUCUUCUUGAUUCAAACCCUCAACAAAGAAAUGAUAAUGGUAUUAAGGUAUGAAGAAAAUUAUAGGAUUUAUUUAUAAAAAAAGCAAAAGAGUAAAGAAAAAGGUGAAAUUAAAAAUUUGAAAUGAUUAGAUUCUUAUUAUUGUGGGGGUGGUUUAAAAUAAAAUGUUUAGAAGGGUCCUGUUGUGAUAUUGAUUCUAAUAUCAUUCUUAUUUGUCUAAAGUUGUUUUAUCUUCUAUUAGAUCCUGUUGUUAUACUUUGUAUAAAAUGUCGGUCCUUUUGUGUAACACUGAAUCUUUUCUUGCUUAAAGAAGUACUACACAAGCAAUUUGUAUGUAUGAUCUUGAAAUCUCCAUCUCAGAUUGUAACGAUUCGGAUUAAUGUGAAUACUUUCCUUCUUCA